UGAGGUUAGGGCGUAAUAGAAAAAACAAGCCGUUGAAGAGGGCUCGCUCUUUUUGUUGGGAAAGGAAGCUCUAUCCUUACGAAUCGUGAUGGAUCGGUACCAAAAGGUGGAGAAGCCAAGAGCAGAAACGCCAAUCGAUGAAAACGAGAUCCGGAUUACUAGUCAGGGGAGGAUGCGGAACUACAUUACUUACGCCAUGACCUUGCUUCAGGAAAAAGGUUCCAAUGAAAUUGUUUUCAAAGCAAUGGGAAGAGCUAUCAACAAAACCGUAACAAUUGUGGAGUUGAUCAAGAGGAGAAUUGUCGGUCUCCACCAGAAUACAGCAAUUGGAUCCACUGACAUCACUGAUACUUGGGAGCCCCUAGAGGAGGGCCUUCUUCCUUUGGAGACAAAAAGGCAUGUGUCAAUAAUAACCAUAACCCUUUCUAUAAAUGAACUUGAUACAUCAUCUGUGGGGUAUCAGUCUCCGUUACCCGCUGAUCAGGUGAAGGCUUCUACAGAUUUUGAUUAUGGAGAGGGUUCACCUAAUGGCCAUGUUCGGGGUCGUGGUGGUCGAGGCAGGGGAAAGGUCAGAGGGAAUGGUUUUAUUUCAGCUGAAUACGAGGAUGGUGGUUGGGAACAAAAUGGGGGAAAUGCUAGGGGCAGGGGGGGUAGAGGAAGAGGACGUGGCUUCCGUGGUCGUGGAAGGGGAGGAUACAACGGGCCCCAUGUUGAUAUGCAGCAAGAUGGAGGAUAUAACCAGGAUUUAUCUCUAGGCCAUGGUCGUGGCCGUGGCAGGGGGGGAUAUCGUGGAAGGGGUCGUGGCUUUAGAUCCAAUGGGCUGAUCCAAGCAGCUGCCUGAGGCAACUAGUGGGCCGCCUUUUGUGCAGUGCACAUGACUUGUAAUGCCUUGUCUAAUUUUAUGUUCUCUCUUUGCUUUAUUUCUUCAAUUUUCUCCAUUUCCCCCAUUCUUCCUUGAACUGUAGGGCAUUUUCUUCUUAUAGUUUCUGUAGACUUUUAGCUUGAGAGUGCUGCCACAUAAGGCAGCUACUUCAUGUUUUAGGCCUAGGUCAGAUCGUGAACAGUUGUUCUCAUGUUUUGGCCCUGAAUCUCAUUCUUUAAUUUUAUUUUCUAGAGAUGUGUUUUUGAAUUUAUACCUUUUCACUGUUCCUUUUCUGGCAGCGUCUUUUUUUUUUUGUUCAGUGAAAAAGACUAGCUUC